GCGCCUAGCCAGGCCGGGCAGCCCUCCUCUCGCCCCCGCCGAGCCUGCCUUCCUCCGCGAUCAGCAUACCGCCGCUCCCACCGACGGCAUCCCUGCCAGCCAGCCAUCCAGGGCCUGGUUGCCAAAAUGCUGAUCAAGGAGUAUCACAUACUGCUGCCUAUGAGCCUGACCGAGUACCAGGUGGCCCAGCUCUACAUGAUCCAGAAGAAAAGCCGUGAGGAGUCGAGUGGCGAGGGCAGUGGGGUUGAGAUCCUGUCCAACCGGCCCUACAGCGAUGGCCCAGGCGGGAACGGCCAGUAUACACACAAGAUCUACCACGUGGGCUCUCACAUCCCCAGCUGGUUCCGAGCCCUCCUACCCAAGGCAGCUCUGCAGGUGGAAGAAGAGUCCUGGAAUGCCUAUCCAUACACGCGCACCAGAUACACCUGCCCCUUUGUGGAGAAAUUCUCUAUUGAGAUUGAGACCUAUUACCGACCAGAUGCUGGGAAACAAAACAAUAUCUUCAACCUGAAUGCUGCAGAGCGCAGGCAGAGGAUUCUAGAUACCAUUGACAUUGUGCGGGACCCCAUCUCACCGGGUGAAUAUAAGGUAGAGGAAGACCCACGGCUUUAUCGUUCAGUCAAGACUGGCCGUGGGCCCCUGGGAGAUGACUGGCUGGAGAAUGCAGCUGCUGGGUCUCUCAUGUGUGCCUACAAGCUUUGUAAGGUGGAGUUUCGCUACUGGGGCAUGCAGUCCAAGAUUGAACAGUUCAUCCAUGAUGUUGGUCUACGCAAAGUGAUGCUGCGAGCACACCGCCAGGCCUGGUGUUGGCAGGACGAGUGGAUAGAUCUCACCAUGGAUGACAUCCGGAGGCUGGAAGAAGAGACAGCCCGUAUGCUAGCUCAGAAGAUGGCUACCUGUAUAGAGCCUGAUACAGGCCCUGCUGAUCCCAGCCCCGAGCGCCCAGAUGAACUAGGCAUCCAUGAUAAACAGGAUAGAGUCGAUAGCCUGAAGGCUCCCGAUUCUUCUCCAGAUGAUCCAUUUGCCAAGCAGUGGUCCACGUCCUCUCGCUCAUCCUACUCUUCUCAACAUGGUGUUGCAGUGUCUCCCCACAGUUUAUCAGAGUGGCGAAUGCAAAAUAUUGCACGGGAUUCAGAGAACAGCUCUGAGGAGGAAUUCUUUGAUGCUCAUGAGGAUUUCUCUGACAGUGAUGACGUUUUUGCCAAGGAAAUCACUAAGUGGAACUCCAAUGAUUUUCUUGACACUCUAGAGAGACCGAGUGAGCCAGAUGAUGUUCUUGUUGAUGCUGCUGAGGUAGUCAAGCCAGAUGGUGAUGAGGUCACUGCACCUGGCCCAUCAGAGGGUGGCCCAGAAGGCCUCUCGGGGACUUGCCGCAUCCAUGCGCUUUUCCUGAUCCUCCACAGUGGCAACAUCCUAGACCAAGGUGUGGGAGAGCCAGGCUCCAAACAGGCUGAUGUGCACACCCUCACUGCCACCUUGGACUCAGUCACCCGUCUGCACUUCCCAGAGGCAUUGGGGCACAUUGCACUACGCCUGGUGCCUUGCCCUCCGAUCUGUGCUGCUGCCUACGCCCUUGUCUCCAAGCUCAGCCCUUACAGUCAUGAUGGUGACAGUCUGUCCAGUAGCCAAGAUCACAUCCCACUUGCUGCUUUGCCUCUGCUGGCCACCUCCUCAGGCAGUUACCAGAAUGCUGUUGCGACUGUCAUUUCCCGGACCAACCAAGCCUACAGCAAUUUCAUCCAUUCCCCUGAUGGCACCGGCUUCUGUGGUCAGGUACUGCUGAUUGGGGACUGCGUCGGAGGUAUUCUGGCCUUUGAUGCCCUGUGCCACAGUCGCGCUGGUGGGUCUGGCAGUCAUGGGAGUAGCCGCCGUGGCAGCAUGAACACUGAGCUGCUUUCUCCAGAGAUUUCUGUGGUGCGAGACCCACUGCUUGAGAAGGCAGAAGGUUUGGGUGGGAUGGGACGUGCCAGUCCUGAGCCAGCGGCACUCCCACCCACCUUGAAACGCAAUGACAACAUGGCACAGGAGGGUGAUUCUUUACCACAGCAGCAUCAUUUCUUGUCCAGCCUACAGGCUAGUGUGCCAGCCUCAGAUACAGAAGGAGACCCUCGACGUAGUAGUAACUCUUCAUCCUCAAUGGUGGAGACUUUUGAGGGGCCAGGUAUGAUUGGAAAGCUGGAGUUCAAGGUGUCUGGCUUCUUCCUGUUUGGUUCACCUCUUGGGCUGGUACUUGCACUUCGGAAGACAGUGAUGCCUGCCAUGGAUGUGGCCCAGAUGCGCCCAGCCUGUGAGCAGAUCUACAACUUGUUCCAUGCAGCGGACCCCUGCGCCUCCCGCUUGGAGCCUCUACUGGCCCAGCAGUUCCAUGCAAUGCCUCCCUUUGGUGUUCCCCGCUAUCAGAAAUACCCACUGGGAGAUGGCUCUUCUACUUCAUUGGCAGAGGCAUUGCAGAGUCACUCUUCCCUCUUCAUGGAUGAGUUAGACCUUGUGACACCACCUACUCCAACAGGUGCAUUUGGGGGCUUCUGGAAAGGGAAUGAAGGAACGACAGCCGAGAAUACUAUAACCAGCACCAAUGAAGUGGUCAAGAUUCUGGAUCGCUGGUGGGGUACUAAACGCAUCGACUACUCUCUCUACUGCCCAGAAGCACUAACAGCUUUUCCCACUAUCACCUUGCCUCACCUUUUCCAUGCCAGCUACUGGGAGAGUGCUGAUGUGGCUGCUUUCAUCCUGCGACAGGUGAUUGAGACAGAGCAGCACCAAGUGACGGAAAAUGAGGAGAGUUCCAUCUACAGCCCAGCUUUUCCCCGUGAAAAAUGGCAGCGCAAACGCACACAAGUGAAGAUCCGGAAUGUCACAGCGAACCACCGUGCCAGUGAUGUCAUUGUGUGUGAAGGGCGACCCCAAGUUCUCAAUGGCCGUUUCAUGUAUGGACCAUUGGAUGUGGUGACUCUGACUGGAGAGAAGGUGGACAUCUAUGUCAUGCCACAGCCACUCUCAGGGAAAUGGGUACACUAUGGUACAGAGGUGACAAGUGGCAGUGGAAGGCUUUCCUACACCAUCCCUGAGGAGAAGAUGCUGGGCAUUGGCAUGUACCCUGUCCGUAUGGUGGUGAGGGGUGAUCACACCUAUGCUGAGUGCUUUCUGACUGUAGUAGCUAAAGCCACUCCUUGUGUCGUCUUCAGUAUUGAUGGUUCCUUCACAGCCAGUGUCUCCAUCAUGGGCAGUGAUCCCAAGGUGCGUGCCGGUGCUGUAGAUGUAGUAAGGCAUUGGCAAGACUCUGGGUUCAUGAUCAUCUAUGUGACUGGGCGUCCAGACAUGCAGAAGCACCGUGUGGUAGCUUGGCUUACCCAGCACAACUUUCCCCAUGGCAUUGUCUCUUUCUGUGAUGGCCUCACGCAUGACCCCCUCCGCCAGAAAGCUGCCUUUCUACAGGGCCUUCAGCAGGAGGCAGAGGUCACCAUUGUGGCUGCCUAUGGAUCCACCAAGGACAUUUCAGUUUAUAGCUCCUUAGGGCUUCCUCCUGCUCAAAUCUACAUUGUGGGCCGAUCUGUGAAAAAAUUACAAAGCCAGUGCCAGUUCCUGUCAGAUGGCUAUGUUGCGCACCUAGCACAGCUGGAAGCAGCUUCCCUUGCCCAUUCACCAAAGGGGACAACAAGGCCCACACUGGGCAAAGGCAGUUAUGGCUGUCCGGCCCCUGUUGACUUUCUGCGCAAGCAGAGCCAGCUGUUGCGCUCACGGGGACAGAGCCAGGCUGAACGAGAAGGUGGAGGGAGCAGUCAGCCCCGAGCCAAGACGCGGAGUGUCAGCCUCAAGUUGGAGAGUGAGGAGUAGGCCCUCGCAGGAAAGCCUUUGCGUUUCUGACUUGCAGUGGCUGGUGCCAGGACUGGGCCUGUGAGAUUCUGCACAUGUGUGAGAGAGGAGUCAAGAACACCAGGCAGAGAAGAAGAGAGAAGGGAGGAGAGGGCCCUGCCCUACAGAGGCUGUGAGCUGAGUUAUGGUGCUGCUAAGACAGGAGGAGAGAACUUCUAUAUGAUCCCAGAAGUUGCUUCCAUUCCCCUCAGUUCCAGCUCCCAGCUCCCGAUCGUGGUUUCUUUUGACCCACAGUUCAGCCAACAUCCCUCAACUCAUACCUCCGGGGAAAUUGGGGAGAGGGGGAGGGAGGGGACAAUGGGAGUGUAUUCAUAUUAGCCCAGCUAAUUGUAUUGCAUUAUUUGUGAAUCGACUGUUCACAUUCCUCCUCUUUUCCCAGCUCAGAUUAUUCAGGUCUCUUAAGACUGGGAUAUAUUCCACUCUCCCAAUCGGAUACCAAGUGAGAUGGUAGUGAUUCUAGCUCCAGAAGCUUUCCCAGGUCUUCCCAUGUUCCUCUGUGGCUUAGGGUGGUUGGCUAAGGAAAAUCUAGACAGCAGAAAGUCCACCUGCCCCCUUCCUAGAGCGCCUUGCUCCAGCCCAAUCCUGCCUGUGCCCUGGUUUCUGGGUGUUUGCAUGAUACUGCCCUUCCUGUGCAUUUAUUGUGUCCAGUGCAAGAAAGCACAGGAUAUCUGGGAAUAAGGAUGAGUCUGUACUCCCUUGGUGACGUAGAAGGACUUGGUUAUUUAUUUCAUUGUGUCAAAAUAUCUGGAAAGUGGGGAGUUGAAGCUUGUUUUGAAAUAUAUUGGGAGGGGGGUUAAAUUUAUCUGUAAAUGUAUUAAAUAAAACUGAAAAAUUUAAAAAAA